UUCAAAUAAUCUUCCAAAAUGGCGGAACUUUCAUUAGUGAAAACUCCUGAAGAAUGGUGGCCUUCAGGGCUUAAAUUACUGGAAUUAGAGUACGAGAACUCGAAAUUACUUGUUCAACAAGAUGGAUUGAUGUUUGAAAAGUGGAAAACAGACAUCGAUCUGUUGAUAAAGGACGAAAAAUUGCACAGAGAAUCUCGAAGUUGUGAGAAGUUGAGCCAAACGAGUAGAGAAGAUAAACGACUGCUACAGGAUCAAAUACAAUCUUUGGAGAAAGAACUGAAAGGAUCUAAAGAGACACUUUGUCAAACGAAGGAAUCCCUAGAGAAUGUCAAAGAAAAAAGUAAGAUUGAGAAAGAAAGACUGCAAGAAAGAUUGACAAUAGAAGCGGAGGAAAGACAUGUUAAAGAACAAGAAAAAUUCAAAAAAGAAAAAGAUGGUUUGAACGAAGAAAUAGAAAAAUUGAAGAAUAUGAAAGAAAAGUUAGAAUUGGAAAUGAGAGAAAUGGAGAAGAACCUGAAACAAGAAGCAGAUGAGAAAUCCAAACAACAAGAAAAAGAGGCAAAUGGCAAAAUAGAAAAUCUAAAUAAAGAACUCCAGACAUGGAAAGAGAGACAUGCCAAGGCAGUCCAAGAGGUAGAUGAUGUUCAGAGAGAAUUAGCAAACAAGACUAUUGUUUCCAAGACUAAAGCAACACAAACACAGAAGAAGAUGGCAAACAAGGCUGUGAUGGUGGAAACAGAAUGUGCCACCAUAGGUAUCCAAGCAGAAAUACUAACUGAUUGUGACAAAGAAGGCGAGAUAGUUCCCAAGAAACAAAGCAAAGCAAUAAGAAAGAGCGUACAUGAUAGCUGUAAGGAUUUGGAAUCUUUAGAACAAGCAACUGAUGGUGAAAGAGGCCAACAGUCUGACAAGCAACUAAAGAAAAACAGACAUGACAGCAAAGCAGAAACUAAUGGAGGUCUAAAGAAACAAACACAAAAACGAACGAGAAAUUCACGAAAAAACGUCCAAAGUAAACAGAAGAAAACUUCAGAUAACGAAGAUGGAACAGGAAAUGAUGAGGAGCACAAUGGUCAUGUACGCGGGGAUGUCUCUACCGGACCACAGGAAAACGUGUCUUCUGAGACACACGACGAUGUACCUACCGAGAUGAACGUGGAGGUAGCUACGGACACAGAGAAGGAUACACCUACCGGUGCGAAGUCUAACUCACGUACAGGAGCACAGGAAAAUUUACCUACCGGCGUAACGGAGAACCAAUCGACUGGACACCAAGCACCGGACAAAGAAUCUUCUAAUCAAACCGUAAAAAGAGUGCGUAAGAGAAAAUGUACCAAGGAACCUUGUAAAAUAGAUGAAUCAAAUGCGAAGAAAACCAAGUCAAGUUGUAAAAACAAAGGUUCAGUGGAGGAUAAGGAAGUAGAAGAAAAAGACAGUCGCGACGCGCCGGGUGAUAAUGGUCAGCAGAAGAAACCUAGUGUUAGAGACAAGACCGAGACAUCAAGCAAUUCUGACAAGCAACGAAAAACAUCUGAACGAAAGAAGAAGGAAAACAUCUUGAAGGAUAAAAAUGGAGGCACAAAGCCUGUUACCGCCAAUGGCAUGAGUAAGACCAAAUACCCCUCAACCCAGCCAUCAAUGGGUGACAGGACACGACAGUCGAGUAUCGCCGAGAUGUCUAGUAUACUAAACGGAACGAAGCGACAAAGGACGUUGUACAAUACGAAAGACACUUCACUCAUGGUGUCCAUCUUGCCUGUACAGGAAUCCUUUAUGAACUCCACCAUGUCUCGAGGAAACAAACCCAACGGAACCAUGCCACCGUCACUUUCCGCAUUCAUGAGGAGCUUCAUUGCACCUAAACUGAAAAAGAAAUCCUCUUGAUUCUGGGAUGCCUGUGCCGUACUUCACCACAGGUACCCCAACCCCUGUAAAUAAUAGGAAUUUAUUUGAGUGGAAUGCCGAUCUACUCAUUAUCUGCCUCUUCUAUUGUAUCAAAGGCCUUUUAGAUCAAUCUUAACAAUAUCAAUACUUAGGAUUCUAUAUAUAUAUAUAUCACCCAAUCAAUGAGCACUUGAGUAGCCGUUUCUCUCGUGAUCAAUAUAUCCAUUUGACAAGAACCAACAAGUGAAGUAAAACGAUCUGCGAUAAGCCUACAGACCUCUUAUUGAAUUAGACAUGAUAAAAUGCUAUUCAAGUUAUUCCUGGAUGUUUGACUGACUGUUAAUGGCGGGUAGUGGGCGUUAGCUACACGUGCGCAUGCACGCCUUACCGUACCAAAACAAACAAGUUAAAAGCUUUGUAUUGCUUUACCAGUAGUCUUACCAGUACAAGUAAAAACAUGAUUAUGCUAAAGGUUGUAGAUGAUGGAUAUUGAUAGAAAGGCAGGGUAGACUUCUUGCCGCCGACCAAUUGCUCGAUACACACGUUACAGUAAUAAAAAACGCUUUUCGUCAA